GUUAAUAUUAUAGGUAUACUUUUUAUCUGUUGAUCAAAUUUGAUAAAUUCUAAAUUUCUUGAAAUGGAAGUGGUUCCUCGAUAUGAAUAUGAGGUUAUUAUUCCACCGGAAGGUGGUUACGUUUCUCUUGAAUCAAAUGUAUACAAUCUGAAUAAUAUUCAUAAACGAAUUACUGACGAUCAGUAUGGUGUAUUUUUCAUUGAUCCAACUACAAACAAUACAAUUAAUUCACACGCGCAUUUUAGAGGUGAAACUAUCCAUGAAACACCAGACACAACGAGAAAAACCGAUCAUACAUCUCUACAUCAACACGCAGAUAUUUGUAAUAUCACUUCUCUCACACUACCCGCUCCUUUGCAGUAUUUAGAGCCUACUCAACAAUGCAGCACAAGCUUUCAUCAUCAUUGUCUUCCUCUUCAACUAAAGUAUUUCCAUUCUCUAAGGAACUUUACAAUACUAAGCCAAAUUGGCAUUGGACAAUUUAGUAGUGUCUAUCGUGCUGAGUGCAAUCAACCGUCUGAUCUUAAUGUAGCCCUUAAAGUUAUCAAGAUAUUUGAAAUGGUCGAUGCAAAAGCACGUCAAGAUUGCAUAAAAGAGAUAGACUUAUUGAAAAGAUUAGAUCAUCCAAAUGUCAUUCGUUAUUUGGCAUCUUUUGUGGAGAAUAAUGAAUUAAUUAUUGUUUUGGAACUUGCAGAUGCGGGUGACCUAUCUCACAUGAUUAAGCAUUUUAGAAAGAAAAAGCGAUUAAUUCCUGAAAAAACAAUUUGGAAGUAUUUCGUUCAGAUUAGUAGUGGAUUAGAGCAUAUGCAUUCGAAACGUAUCAUGCACCGAGAUAUCAAGCCUGCCAAUGUAUUUAUCAAUGUUAAGGGUCAGGUGAAACUAGGAGAUCUUGGAUUGGGAAGAUAUUUUAGUUCAAAGACUAUAGCAGCCCACUCCUUAGUUGGUACACCUUAUUACAUGUCACCAGAACGAAUACGUGAACAAGGUUAUGAUUUUGCAUCAGAUAUAUGGUCACUUGGAUGUUUACUUUAUGAAAUGGCCGCAUUACAAUCACCGUUUUAUGGUGACAAGAUGAAUUUAUUUCGUUUGUGCCAAAAAAUUGAAAAUGGUGAUUACGCUCCAUUACCUAAAGAAAUUUAUUCAGCUGAACUUCGUGAAUUAGUCACUGUAUGUAUACAAAAAGAACCAACGAAUAGACCAACUAUUACACAUAUUUAUAAUAUAGCUAAAGAGAUGCAUGAAUUACUCAAUGGAAAGAUUUCCACUUCUCCUUCAUGUUCUCAACUUGAUUGUCGACCAUCUUCAGCUAUUACAAAAUAAUUCUCUUCAUUUUUAUUUUCCUCUACAUCGAAUAUAUACAAUUGAUUAAUUAUAUUUAUUGUCUUUCAAUUUUUUCAUGAAGAUCAUAUCAAUAACACCUAAAUAUGAAGAUGUUUCUUUUAAGACAUAAUAUAAACAAAAUAAUAAGAUAAAUUCACUUUAAACUGCUGCCUAAUAUAGGAAUGUAUAAUUGACAAUUUAUUUUUUAAAUAUUCUCAUACUACUGAAUUCAAAAUCAUAUUGUGC